CAGCUGCCUUAAUGAACGAAAUGCAUUAGCGAGUCACGCCCACAUCGAGCCACUUUUGUUCAGCAAAAAACACUUGUAAGCUAUACAAAUUCAUAACUACCAGUCAGAGUUCAACAGUCAGCAGCUCGGAAAGGAUUCGAAAUAUGGUCAAGCUAGCAGCCACAUCCAAUGCCAUUUGGUGGAUCAAAAACCCCAAGGCAGCUGCGGAAAUGAAGUCCAAGGGUCAGCGUAAGAAGUCCCUGGGCUCAGCCUUCUGCUUGGAUAUGGCUGAUCUGGUUAGGAACAUAUCGCUCCAGGGCUACAAUAAGCUAUUGUCGCCAGACUUGACUUUGGGCCAAAGAUUGAUUUGGUUGCUGGUACACAUGGCCACCACCGUGUCCCUGAUAGUGGUGCUCUCGCUGACCUGGGAGCAGUUUGUGGCCCAGUCCUUUGUGACCAAUCUGAAGGAUCCCCUCUAUCCAGUGGAGGAUGUCCCAUUCCCGGCGGUUUCCAUCUGCCCCAACAAUCGCAUCUCUCGCCAGGCGGUCAUCAGAUAUGCCGAAGAACUGAGACUAAACAGUCCUGUCAUUCGCCCUGUGGAAUACUUUCUAGAGCGCCUAAGUUUCUUCCGCGAGAUGUACACCCACGUGGGCGUAGUGGUGGACACCGAUGACUUCAUCACCUUUCAGACCUUUCUCGACGUCUUCGGCACCUGGAACAAUGAGACCUUCUUCGACACUCGCCGCAUCAUGAAAAUGUUGGCUCCUCGUUGUGAAGAAUUCGUGCUGAAGUGCACCGUAGCCAAUGUGGAAGUGCCGUGCUUCAGCAAGGAUGCCUUCCAGGAUAGCCUCACCAUGUAUGGACCCUGCUGCACCUUUAACUUGGGGAACAAACUAAAGAAGCGCCACUACAAGAAUCGGCUGGCCAGCUCGGAACUGGGCCUCAAGGUAGUCCUGAAUGACAGCCACGCGGACUACUUUGCACCCAUCCUGAACACCAAUGGAUACAUUGUCCUGAUUCACAAUGCUGAGAACUAUGCCUCCGUUUCCUCCUCAAAUGUGCUGGAGAUGUUUCCUGGCCAAGGCGAGGAUAGCUACCUUUCGAUCUACGCACGAGUGGUGGACACCGAUGACAGCCUCAAAUCUUUUUCGCCGUUCAGCCGCCGCUGCUAUUUCGAGAACGAGGCUCAGAAUCCGGUCCACGAGCAGCUGGUGAAGACUUACAGCUACAGCUACACCUUUCCGAACUGCAUAACCAGGUGCCGUAUCCGGAGUAUCAUGGCCCUGUGCCGGUGCCUACCCUUCCAACUGCCCCUUCAGCUGGUGGAGAACCUCGACGGCGUUGUCUUCUGCACCCUGGGACACGUUGCCUGCCUCAAUCAGUACAUGUGUAAGCAAAUCAGUGGGUUGCAUCCAACUUCUUCCACUACAAUCGUUCCAUUUUCAGUUAAGUGGCGAAAUGUCCUGACGGAACGGCACCUCAUUGUCGGCUUGGAACGGGAAAUCGAGGAGGCACUUUACUGCCCACAGUGUCUGCCCUCCUGCCGGGAUGUCCAGUACGGUGUUUCAAUGAGUGCCCUGCCCAUCGAUAACUACCUGGCCACCCUGAAGCUGGAUGAGAACAACCAGACGGAGUUCAGCACAGACAUCUCCGUUCUCAGGGUCUACUUCGGAGAGCCCACUGCCCAAUAUUAUAUCCGACUGCUGAAUAACACCUGGUUCGAAGUGUUCAGUACCAUAGGUAACAUCAUGUCCAUCUUCGUUGGCUUCUCCAUGGUGGCCAUAUUCGAGAUACUCUUCUUUCUGACCAAGUACAUCUAUGAGGGCUGCAAUCGCAUCGUGCAGCAGAACAUAAUGGAUCGGAAGGCCCAGGAGUUGGAAGCAAAGCAGUUGUACAUAUGUCCUUAAAGCAGUGGUACACAUGUCCUUGAAGCAGUUGGCAUCCUUACUCUGCAUCUCAGCACCUGAAGUAAAC